AUGAAAGGAACUACUCCAUGAUUUUACAACAAUCACAAUAACAGCAGGAAUGAGAGAAAGCUGGGAUCAGUCUUAGUACUGGGAAAAGAACACAAACCAACCCAGGAUCUGAGCAGAGACUGUCCCACUCCUUAAGUUUGUGAAGAGUAGCCUGUGAAGAAUUCUGCAUGAGUUUUGAGGGUAUAAAGGGCUUGUGGACAGUGGUGUAGUUUAGUGCUGAGAGAUUUGAUGGAUCAGAAGAGCUGAGAGAAGCUGGUCUCUUGUUUUUGCCUGGAGGCUCCCUUGGCUAUUCUCUCCCAAUCAAGAGGAUUUAAAAAAACACACUGACUGAUCAGGAAUACUGUUCAGUCAGAAAAAGCCUGCUGGCUGGAAUUUCUUUUGAAAAGGAAAAAGUUUCAAGCUGUUUUGAGUCUUCUCCUGGUUGGUCAAGGAGUUUAAAGUGAAAGGUUUUGGAGGAAGGAUUGUAGUCUGGAAACUGCAUGUAUAAAGGCUUCCAGGAAUGUUGGAGUAUUAGAUUAAAGGUUAGGGGUCGGUGAUUUGUAGUAUAACAGGGUCCUCUGACUGCUGGAUGUUUGAGGAGCAAGAUAUACUUCAGUGGGUAUAAGCAAGAGCUGGGGGCUGUGAGUUUCACCAACUCUCUGCUUGUGAAAAAACUUUUUAAACUAAUCGGAGGGAGGGAGAAGCUGAACUCUGACAUACUUGUUCCUGCUGCUUGCAAUCUUUUGCUGCUUGUACCUCUCUCACUCACUCUCCUCCACUUUGCCUUUCUUGAUGGCUGGAUUUAAGGACAGGAUUCUGUGCUCUCUCAUCCUCGCUCUGGUGUUUUGGGGACUUUGUGCCCACAGUUGCCCAAGUCGUUGCAUCUGCUCUGGAUCCAAUGUGGACUGCCAUCGUUUGGGAUUAAAGUCUGUUCCGAAGGGAAUACCAAGGAAUACCGAACGGCUUGAUCUGGAUAAGAAUAACAUCACACGGAUCACCAAGACUGACUUUGUGGGGCUGAAAAAUCUCAGAGUCCUGCACCUGGAGGAGAAUCAGAUCACUGCAAUUGAACGAGGAGCCUUUCAGGAUCUGAAACAACUGGAAAGACUGCGACUCAACAAGAAUAAGCUGCAGAUCCUCCCCGAGCUGCUGUUCCAAGGGACUCCAAAACUCUCCCGACUGUAA